AUGUCAGCAAAGAACUCCAAACAGAGGGAGAGAUUCCUCGCCAGGUUGACCGGAGAAAGCCAGGCAUCACGAGAUCUCAAAAAGCUCCUGUCUCUACUGGAAAGGAGCCAGCGACCCAGACAAGAGGUGGGAUUAAAAUCACGUGGAUCUGGGGCCAAGAAAUCACAAGUCUCUCAUCCGCCUGACUCCAACAAACACCAAACCGACCACACUAUUCAUCUGGCUCUGCAGAAGUUCAGUGAGGAGUAUGAAAGCGAGAGGUGCUUCAGCAACCAUCCCCUGCACAGACUUUUCCGGAGCCUUCUGAUCUCUCUGGUGAAGACUCGUCUGUGCUGUGAUUGGAUAGACACAGCUGAUCCAGAGUCUGUCCUCAGAGUCCUGACCUGUCUCCGGAUUCUGGUUAGAGACACGGAGCUCCAGAAACUCUUCCGCCAACACCAGGGCAUCACUCCUUUGGCCAGGUUGCAGGAGUCUGUGAGUGAGUCGUACUUAUCGUGUGGAGGACAGGCCUACGCGGAGCAGAUGCUGGUCACCAUGACAUAUAUGUUCCAGAAGAUGUCGUCCUCUGAAGAGCUGAGGCCCCACAUCACAGACGCCGGAGUACACAGGACGCUAGUGAACCUUCUCUCCUCCACCGACAGCAGUGUGUUACUGGGAGCUCUCAUGGCUCUCACCUCCUUGGCUCAUCCUGGAUGCAGGGAGCUGAUUGGAGAGCUCUACAUCGUGGAAACUCUGCUUGUAAUCCUUCAAGAGUAUGACCUCCUGUCAAAGAGGCUGUCUGCUGAGCUGCUGCGCCUACUGUCCUCGGUCCCCUGUGUCCGGCAGCAGGUGUGUGCCCACAAGGGAGUUCCGGUCCUGCUCAGCCUGCUCCACUCUCACCACGUGCAGCUGCUGUGGGCCCUGUGCUGGGUCCUGGUACAGCUCUGUGAUGAGCCUCAGGCCAGAGCAGAGAUCCGGAGCUGGGGAGGAGUCCAGCAGCUGCUCCAUCUCCUCAGCUGUGACAGACGGUUCGUGGGGGAGCGCUCCUCCAUUGAGACUCUGUCCAGUGCAAACGCAGCAGGACGGCUCCACACGACAGAAAAGCCGAGCCCACAUGAGCAGCAGGACAACAUUGCCGCCCUGCAGGCAGCGUGUUGUACGGCUCUGACAGAACUCAGCGUGGACGACUCCUGUGCGCACCACAUCGUGCAGGAGAACGGAGUCUUCAUCAUCGCAAAGUUCAUUCUUCCCCAGACGUUUGGAGCCAAGGGCGUCGUACAGUGCUACGCCUUCAGGGCCUUACGUUUUCUGUUCAGUGUGGAGAGAAACAGACACCUAUUCAAACGGCUCUUCCCUACAGACCUGUUUGAGUUGUUCAUCGACGUGGGCCACUAUGUGCGGGACCUCUCGGCAUACGAGACUCUGCAGGACAAAGUCUCACUCUACUCUUGCAGGCCUGAUUCAAAGUGCUUACAGGAGGAGGACCUAGAGAGCCUGAGGGACAGUAUUGUGGCUGUGGACCACAACAGACCUCCUCUGAGGGUCAUCAGUGGGUACUCCGUCUUGGAGCAUCUGGGGACCGGCGCCUUCGGGAGUGUCUUCAAGGUGAGGAAGCAAAGCAGUCAGACCUUGUUGGCUCUGAAGGAGGUGAACCUCCACAAUCCAGCUUUUGGUAAAGACAAGAGGAGCAGAGAGAGCAACGCAGACAAGAUCAUGUCUGAGCUCAGCAUCAUCAAAGAACAGGUUUCACACACAGAUACAUACAGGGAGAGGCUGUACAUUGUCAUGGAGCUGAUCAACGGCGUUCCUCUGGCUGAAUACUUGAACUCUCUGAAGGAGAAGAACCAGAGUUUCACUGAACAGAGAGUGUGGAACAUCUUCAUCCAGAUGUGUCUGGCUCUCAGGUACUUGCAUCGGGAGAAAAACAUUGUGCACCGGGACCUGUCACCGAACAAUAUCAUGUUAGGAGAACAGGACUGGGUCACCAUCACUGACUUUGGCCUGGCCAAACAGAAGCAGGAGAACAGCAAGCUCACAUCAGUUGUGGGCACAAUUCUCUACUCCUGUCCAGAGGUGGUGAAGAGCGAGCCGUAUGGUGAGAAGGCUGACCUCUGGGCUCUGGGCUGUGUGCUGUAUCAGAUGGUUACCCUGCAGCCGCCAUUCUACAGCGCCAACAUGCUGUCACUCGCUAACAAGAUUGUGCAGGCCGAGUAUGAACCAGUGCAGAGCGGCCGCUUCUCUGACAGAGUGCUCCACAUGAUCCGAUGUAGUGAGUGUGAGGUUGCCGUGGGUAACGCCGGCUCUCACCCCCUCCUUCUCACCCCCUCCCUCUCGCCCCCUCCCUCUCACCCCCUCCCUCUCACCCCCUCCCUCUCGCCCCCUCCCUCUCACCCCCUCCCUCUCGCCCCCUCCCUCUCACCCCCUCCCUCUCACCCCCUCCCUCUCACACCCUCCCUCUCGCCCCCUCCCUCUCACCCCCUCCCUCUCACCCCCUCCCUCUCCCCCCUCCCUCUCGCCCCCUCCCUCUCGCCCCUCCCUCUCACCCCCUCCCUCUCACCCCCUCCCUCUCGCCCCCCUCCCUCUCGCCCCCUCCCUCUCACCCCCUCCCUCUCACCCCCUCCCUCUCACCCCCUCCCUCUCACCCCCUCCCUCUCGCCCCCUCCCUCUCGCCCCCCUCCCCUCUCACCCCCUCCCUCUCCCCCCUCCCUCUCGCCCCUCCCUCUCACCCCCUCCUUCUCACCCCUCCCUCUCGCCCCCUCCCUCUCACCCCUCCUUCUCACCCCCUCCCUCUCGCCCCUCCCUCUCACCCCUCCUCUCACCCCCUCCCUCUCGCCCCCUCCCCUCUCGCCCCCUCCUCUCACCCCCUCCUUCUCACCCCCUCCCUCUCACCCCCUCCUUACUCACCCCCUCCCUCUCACCCCCUCCCUCUCACCCCCUCCCUCUCGCCCCCUCCCUCUCACCCCCUCCUCUCACCCCCUCCCUCUCACCCCCCUCCCGCUCGCCCCCUCCCUCUCACCCCCCUCCUUCUCACCCCCUCCUCUCUCGCCCCCUCCCUCUCGCCCCCUCCCUCUCACCCCCUCCUUCUCACCCCCUCCCCCCCCUCCUCUCGCCCCCCUCCCUCUCACCCCCUCCCUCGCUCACCCUCCAUCUCACCCCCCUCCUCUCUCCCCCUCCCUCUCACCCCCUCCCUCUCACCCCUCCCUCUCGCCCCCCUCCCUCUCGCCCCCUCCCUCUCACCCCCCUCCCUCUCACUCCCCUCCCUCUCACCCCCUCCCUCUCACCCCCUCCCUCUCACCCCCCUCCCUCCGGCCCCCUCCCUCUCGCCCCCUCCCCUCUCGCCCCCUCCCUCUCACCCCCUCCCUCUCACCCCUCCCUCUCGCCCCCUCCCUCUCACCCCCCCUCCCUUCUCACCCCCUCCCUCUCACCCCCCCCCCUCUCACCCCCCCUCCCUCUCACCCCCUCCUCCUCUCGCCCCCUCCUCUCACCCCUCCCUCUCACCCCCUCCCUCUCCCCUCCCCCCCCUCUCGCCCCUCCCUCUCACCCUCCCUCACCCUCCCUCUCGCCCCCUCCUCUCACCCCUCUCCUCACCCCCUCCCUCUCUCUCCCCCCCUCUCGCCCCUCCCUCUCACCCCCUCCUCUCACCCCUCCCUCUCACCCCUCCUUCUCACCCCCUCCCUCUCACCCCCUCCCUCUCACCCCCCUCUCUCGCCCCCUCCCUCUCACCCCUCCCUCUCUCACCCCUCCCUCUCACCCCCUCCCUCUCGCCCCCUCCCUCUCACCCCCUCCUUCUCACCCCCUCCCUCUCGCCCCCCUCCCUCUCGCCCCCUCCCUCUCACCCCCUCCUUCUCACCCCCUCCUUCUCCCCCCUCCCUCUCGCCCCCUCCCUCUCACCCCUCCUUCUCACCCCUCCCUCUCCCCCCUCCCUCUCCUCGCCCCCUCCUCUCACCCCCUCCCUCUCACCCCUCCCUCUCGCCCCCUCCCUCUCGCCCCCUCCUCUCACCCCCUCCCUCUCACCCCUCCCUCUCUCCCCCCCUCCCUCUCGCCCCCUCCCUCUCGCCCCCUCCCUCUCACCCCCUCCCUCUCACCCCCUCCCUCUCGCCCCCUCCCUCUCACCCCCCUCCUCUCAUCCCCUCCCUCUCACCCCCUCCCUCUCACCCCCUCCCUCGCACCCCCUCCCUCUCACCCCCUCCUCUCACCCCUCCCUCUCACCCCUCCCUCUCACCCCCCUCCCUCUCACCCCUUCCCUCUCACCCCCCUCCCUCUCACCCCUCCCUCUCACCCCCUCCCUCUCACCCCUCCCUCUCACCCCCUCCCUCUCACCCCCUCCCUCACCCCCUCCCUCUCUCGCCCCCUCCCUCUCACCCCCUCCUUCUCACCCCUCCCUCUCACCCCCUCCCUCUCGCCCCCCCCUCUCACCCCCUCCCUCUCACCCCCUCCCUCUCGCCCCCUCCCUCUCACCCCCCUCCCUCUCACCCCCUCCCUCUCACCCCCUCCCUCUCACCCCCUCCCUCUCGCCCCCUCCCUCUCGCCCCCCCUCCCUCUCGCCCCCUCCCUCUCGCCCCCUCCCUCUCACCCCCUCCUUCUCACCCCCUCCCUCUCACCCCCUCCCUCUCGCCCCCUCCCUCUCACCCCCUCCCCUCCCUCACCCCCUCCCUCUCACCCCCUCCCUCUCGCCCCCUCCCUCUCAUAGGUUGUUGA